AUGAAGCCAGUAGAGAUCAGAUUCUCUCUACACAGACCUCUACAGCACAGAGAUCCAGCCAUGUUACCUACAAUCACUUCAACUAUGAUCUACUCUAAGGAGCACCUGACUCUGACAAACAAGCUAAGAAAGCCAGUGGUGGAGAAGUUACGCAGAGAUCGUAUCAACAACAGCAUUGAACAGCUCAAGUCUCUCCUGGUUCCAGAGAUCCUCAACCAGCAGCCCGACUCCAAGCUGGACAAAGCCGACAUCCUGGAGAUGACAGUUUGCUUCUUUUAUCCCACAAUAGAUUUGAUAUAA